UAACUAGCCAACCACAGAAAAUAGACGUAUGUAUACAUACAGUGAUGUACCUGUAUAGACCUGUCAUUUCGACAGUGUGUAUACUUUUAUCGUUUUCAAUCAAAACUUUAAAAUCGUCAAAGAUCGACGAUCUCUUUGUGCGAAACACUUCGAUUCUUUCUUCAUAACUGUUUCGUAUUGAGGUACACAGAAUUUUUGAAAUGAUAAAUUCACAGGACGUUAGUAAAGAGGAGCUAGAAGUAUUAAAAGGCGAUGCUGUGGGUAACAAUCUCUGCAGUAGCAAAUGGAUAAUUAAUACUUUGAUGUCUCUACUUAAGGUUGAUGAAAAUGGCUGGACAGAAGAGCUCGAAGAUCAGCUUUGUACUCUAUGGGAUCUAAGUACGGAAGGAGAAGUAGUGUCAUAUCUUUUGUCACAGGAUUUUCUUCAGAUAGCGAAAUACUUGUUAACAAUUUGUGAAGAACCAAGAUUCAUUGAAAUAAUCUUGGGUAUUAUUGGCAAUGUAUGCUGUAAUGAUGAAGCCAUCGAUACAGUAGGAUGUGAUCAAGAAUUAGUUAAACAAAUCCUAAGCCAUCUUGAAUCCAGUGACUCAUUAAUAUUGAUUCAACUUAUCAGGAUCUUACAAUUAAUUGCAUGGAAAAUUCGGCAAAAUCCUCAAUCAAAUUGGAUAGCUCAUCUUACGGAAUGUGAAUUUUUUGGAGCUACUAUAAUUUUUAUAUUAAAGAGUUCAACUAAUGAUAACUUAUUAAUAUCCACAAUGAGUUUGCUUGAAUUUAUAUCUCAGAUAAAUCUGCUAGAAAAACUGUUUAAAAUAAACGACUUGAUUCCCGCCCUGUUAGAAUCAUUUACACAGGUAUUACCUGAGGGAAAAACAAGUGUCUCCGAAUUAACGUUUGUCCAACAUUGGCUGGCAGUGCUAAUUGCCAUAAUGGAGUCUGGCUCACUUACAUUCGAGGACUAUGAGAAUGACGAAAGGUUUUUGAAACUGAUGGAUAUCAUGUACAGGAUAUUAAAACCAUAUAACAAGUCGUACAAUUUAUAUCCAAUUCAGCAAGAAGGUGCUAAUAUAAUUUACGAUGCUAUGCGAGUAUUAUUAAGUUUUCGUCGUUGCAACAUAAACAUCCCAACAAGGAUAGAUUGUAUUAUCGCGAUUAUAAUUUUUUCCCUUAAAACGGUUUUAGAAGCAGAUGAGGAAAAGAAGAUGCGAGAAUUAGAUCCCAACGAGCUGAUAAAUGAUCUUUUAGAUUAUAUUAUUAAAUACUGGUUGCAUAUCAUUGAAUCUUGUACCAGCGAACAGAUUGUGGAAAUAUUAGGUUUAUGUGAUAAUAAGGUUCGUGAGUGUCUAAUAAGUCUUACUCAAUCUAAAAUGAUACCUGAGAUGCUUGACAACGUGAAAAAAGUUAUUACUGCUUUUGAAAAAAGUUAA